AUUUGUGAAUUGAGAAAACCGCAGGGAAAAUUCACAGGAGAUAUUAAAAAAGGCUCGUACAAUACAUGCCACAUCUCUCUCGUCAUCUAUUCCCUAACUACGGGCCAAUCCAGCUGCUCCACCAGAUAAUCUUUCUCUUUCUCUCUCUCUCAAGCUCUCAGAUCUCUCUGUCUUUCUCUCUCGGCUCUCGGCGGAGCUCGGAAUCGGCAGCGGCAAAUGGCCACCGUUCUCGAAUCUCUCGCUGUUCCUCGCUGCUCUGCUCUCCCUUCAAAUACUCUAUCUCCGGUUGCCGCCUCUUCGAUUUCUUCGCCCUCCGGGCGACGGAGGUUGUCUCAGUUCAGAGGCCUCCAGCUCAGGCAUAGUCUUGUCACUCGCUCUCUUGGAUCGGUGAGUUUCGGUUCGAGAGGUUCUCGCCGUGGUGGACUGAUCGUCUGUGAGGCUCAGGAAACAGCUGUUCAAGUGCCUGCUGUUACUGAUGCAUCAUGGAAGUCAUCUGUCCUGGAAUCUGACUUCCCAGUUCUCGUUGAAUUCUGGGCCCCUUGGUGUGGCCCCUGCCGUAUGAUCCACCCUAUUAUUGAUGAUUUGGCAAAACAAUAUGCCGGGAAGCUAAAAUGCUACAAAGUAAACACCGACGAGAGCCCUUCAAUUGCAACACAAUAUGGGAUUCGAAGCAUCCCAACCGUCAUUAUUUUCAAGGAUGGUGAGAAGAAAGAUGCAAUUAUUGGUGCUGUUCCAAAAUCCACUUUGACCACCAGCAUAGAGAAAUUCUUGUAGAGGUGGUAAGAACAAAUUCGCUGAAAUCAAGACAUGUCUUUUAUUUGUUUCUUCUCUACUCUAGGUUCUUAUGUUUCAACUCAAACCCAUAAUAAACUCAUAAAUGUUCUUGUAUAGUUAUUUGAUGACGCUGUAUUUUCUUAUUUCUUAGAAUGCUAGUUAACUACAAAUUUAUAACUA